AAUGUAAAUCCUGUUGGGCACCAGCAGUGGAAUUCAUCUGUUCAAAAUGGUUUAUGGUGAAUUUUUCCGCAGACCUGGGAAAGAUGCAGAACUUAUCAAUUUAAAUGUAGGUGGCUUUAAGCAAUCGGUGGAUCAAAGCACCUUGCUUCGAUUUCCCCAUACCAGACUUGGGAAACUUCUUAAAUGCCACUCAGAAGAGGCUAUUCUGGAACUCUGUGAUGAUUACAGUGUUGCAGACAAGGAAUAUUACUUUGACAGGAAUCCCUCCUUGUUCCGUUAUGUUCUGAAUUUUUACUAUACAGGCAAACUUCAUGUCAUGGAAGAACUUUGUGUCUUUUCCUUCUGCCAGGAAAUAGAGUACUGGGGAAUAAAUGAGCUGUUUAUUGAUUCCUGCUGCAGCAAUCGGUACCAAGAAAGGAAGGAAGAAGGUCCUGAGAAAGACUGGGAUCAGAAGAGCAAUGACAGAAGUAUAGACUCCUCUAACGAAGAGUCAUCCAUAUUUGAUAAAGAGCUUGAAAAGUUUGACAAUCUAUGUUUUGGUGAAGUAAGAAAGAAGAUCUGGAUCAGAAUGGAAAAUCCUGCAUACUGCUUGUCUGCCAAGUUAAUUGCUGUGUCAUCCUUGAGUGUUGUCCUUGCGUCAAUUGUGGCCAUGUGCAUUCACAGCAUGCCAGAGUUUCAAAGGCUGGAUGCCAAUGACAGGGAGAUUGAAGACCCUGUGUUGGAAGCUGUGGAGAUCACGUGCAUCAUCUGGUUCACUGCUGAGCUAGUGAUCAGGCUCAUCACUGCUCCAAGUCAAAAGAAGUUCUGGAAGAAACCACUGAACAUCAUAGAUUUUGUCUCUAUUAUCCCAUUUUAUGCCACACUGGCUGUGGACACAAAAGAAGAAGAAAGCGAAGAUAUUGAAAACAUGGGGAAAGUGGUUCAGAUCCUGCGGUUAAUGAGGAUAUUUCGCAUCCUGAAACUAGCCAGACACUCUGUAGGACUGCGGUCUUUAGGUGCCACUUUGAGACAUAGCUAUCAGGAAGUUGGACUUCUGCUUUUGUUUUUGUCUGUUGGGAUUUCUAUUUUUUCAGUGCUUGUCUACUCAGUGGAGAAGGAUGAUGACUCAUCAGAACUGCACAGCAUCCCUGUCUGCUGGUGGUGGGCAACCAUCAGCAUGACCACUGUUGGUUACGGGGACACUUACCCAGUCACGCUUGCUGGAAAGCUGCUCGGCACCCUAUGCAUUAUCUGUGGGAUACUAGUGGUAGCGCUUCCAAUCACCAUUAUUUUCAAUAAGUUUUCUAAGUACUAUCAAAAACAAAAAGAUAUUGAUCCAGACCAAUGCAACAAUGAUCGCAAAGAGAAAUGUAAUGACCUACCUUAUUUUAACAUUAGGGAUAUUUAUGCAAAAAAGAUGCACUCAUUCAUUUCUAGCCUUUCUUCAGUAGGAAUUGUUGUCAGUGACCAAGAUUCAACAGAUGCCUCCAGCAUCCAAGAUAUGGAGGAUGUUUAUAACACAACAUCUUUAGAGAAUGGUACAGGAAAAUGAGCUGAAUCACAUUCUCUUCCCUUGAUUUCUCUUUUGAUUCUUGGUAAAUGUGGACUUACAAACUUCAGUGAGUUUAUUAAGAGCAGUUAAUUCUCAGGGUACUUAACUCUCAGCCAUAUUUGGACAUUCUUUGCUCUGAGGAUGCCAUAAAACCUUCAUUGUUUAUAUGAGGCUUUAAAAUAUGCCUCAUAUGGCGGUUUAGUUUUUACAUAACUAAUGUUAUGCAUUUUGGGGGAGAAAAAAGUCAGGAGAACAGUUUUAAAUGUGAGAUCAGUGCUU